AUGGCUCGACUAACAAUCUUGGCUGGACUGUCCCUUUUGAUGUGUCUCCAGAUGGUGUCGUCUGCCAAACUGGUCUGCUACUUCACCAACUGGUCCCAGUAUAGACCAGGUGUUGGCAAAUAUCUGCCUGCCAACGUAGACCCCCACCUCUGCACACACCUUAUCUACGCCUUUUCAAUCAUCAGCAAUUCUAACGAGCUGUCGCCCUACGAGUGGAAUGACGAUGUUCUCUACAAAUCCUUCAAUGAACUCAAGAAUAGAAACCCCAAGCUGAAGACUCUGCUGGCUGUGGGUGGGUGGAACUUUGGAAGUGCCCAAUUUACCAUCAUGGCUUCAUCCCCUGCCAACCGGCAGACAUUCAUCCAGUCUUCUAUCAGAUUCCUGAGACAGCAUGGCUUUGAUGGGCUGGACCUGGACUGGGAGUAUCCUGGAGCACGAGGAAGCCCACCAGAGGACAAGCAGAGGUACACAUUGCUCUGCCAGGAAUUACUUGCUGCCUUUGAAAAAGAAGCCGCUGACAACAGAAGACCACGACUGCUGCUCACAGCUGCAGUGGCUGCUGGGAAGGCAAACAUUGACAAUGGAUAUGAGAUUGCUGAAAUCUCAAAGUACAUGGACUUCAUUAAUGUCAUGACCUAUGACUUCCAUGGAGCAUGGGACCGGUUCACUGGUCACAACAGCCCUCUGUACCGCAGCUCUUCCGAUCAGGGCGACUACAUCUUCUUCAAUACAGACUUUGCUAUAAAAUACUGGAGAGACCAAGGAACUCCUGUCGAAAAGCUGAUGCUUGGUUUUGCCACGUAUGGACGCACAUUUCGCACGUCAUCAGCAGCUAAUGGUGUUGGAGCAGCGGCCAGCGGACCAGCCUCUGCUGGGACCUACACCCGGGAAGCUGGGUUUUGGUCUUACUAUGAGAUUUGCACAUUCCUGCAAGGAGGCAGUCUCUACUGGAUUGAUGAGCAAAAAGUGCCCUAUGCCGUCAAAGGAAAUGAGUGGGUUGGGUUUGAUAACAGGCAGAGCUUUGAAAUCAAGGCACAGUAUCUGAAAGACAACAAGUUUGGAGGAGCCUUCAUCUGGUCUCUGGAUCUGGAUGAUUUUGCUGGACAGUUCUGUGGCCAGGGAAAGUAUCCUCUAAUUAGUUUUCUGAGCCUUCUUCUGAAUACAGGUAAACGGAAAUCAGACCUUACCACAGCAUGAUUAUCUCUUCUUAACAAGUACAAUUUUCCACAUUUUCUUGAGUUAAAAUUCAUUUUUAUCUUACUAG